AAAACAUCAGUCUCCUUAUUAAAUAUAACUAAAGACUUCUUACAGUGGGCGAUUUUCCCGGCUAGAAAGCGGAGAACCUUCAGAGCUCAUCGACGUCACGGCUUUGCUGCCGUAAAUCGUGCCGUACACAAUUUUUGAAAUGUCUGCAAAUGAGUCAGGAAAUGAGCAGCUGCGACUGGAAAAGCUCACUCUUGAGCUUCUUAACCGCGAAGCCUCGCUUGUUGUGAUCGAGACUUUAAUUUGUGUUGUUAUAACAGGAGCCUCAGUAGUCGGCAAUGUUCUUGUAAUGGUUGCUUUAUAUAGAAACGCGAGGCUGCGGAGACCUUCAAAUCUUUACAUAGGCUCGCUUGCUGUUUCCGAUAUCAUUUUGUCAUCUGUUGCGAUGCCGUUUACGUGCAUUUCGGCGAUUACUGGGCGCUGGAUCUUUGGAGAAGCCAUCUGUUGGCUGCAGGCUUCUCUCGCCACGAUGCUGGGGACGACAUCCUUGGCGACCAUGGCGCUUAUCGCGGCGAACCGGCUUUUAAAAGUCGUUUAUCCGAACACGCAUCGCAGACUCAUCUCAGUCAAGACAAUUCUCUUCUCCAUCGUUGUCGCUUGGUGUUUUACGGGGGCUAUACCGCUAUCGUUUUAUAUCACUGGCGUGCGAAACGUUUUUCAUCCCGGCCACGUCGUUUGUUUGUUUGAUUUCAGCUCCGCGAGCUAUGCCCUCAUUGCCUCGAUUGCAGUUUUCGACGCCUUCAUGCCAUACCAAGUCAUAUUUAUCUGCUAUUUCAAAGUAUGGCGUUUCGUUAGGAGCCACCGUUUUCAAAUGAGCACUUCUCAUGAUCAUGUAAACGUGGAAGAAGUGAAACUUAAUCGCUUGCUGGCCGUGAUUGUUAUAAGUUUCACAAUUUGUUUCACACCGUUCUUAGUGGUCAUCUUAAUCGAGAGUUUUCGUCAGCAGUUCUCCCUUCCUCGAAAAGUUUACUUUUUCAGUACAGUCAUGAUUGGAACAGCGAGCUGCGUAAAUCCCGUUAUCUACGGGGUUUUGAAUAGGGAUUUUAGACGAGAAUUUCGUUUAAUAUUUCGCAUUAGGGGCAGAGGGACCAGGAUAGGAACAAUAGAAUAGGCAAAUGCGCGGCAAGCUGAGAGAGGCACAGUCAGUAUACCUUAGGUUUUUAAUUUUUUUUUAGUAUAUCUUAGCUGAGUCAAUACUCCGGCUUUAUAUUAGCUAAGAUAAAAAGUAAACAACACAAUUUCAAAGCUGCCAAAGUGGAGUAAGAUAAUAGCUUAAUAAAAAAAUCCAGUUUUUUGCCCGUUGCAUUGCGUCGCCAAGCCUUCGAACACGAACGUGCCAGGCUUACAGGUGAAUUUUGUGGUACAAGAAUAUGCAGGCAAGGAACUCUCUUGACUAAUUUCACUGCCUCAAAGCUGGCUAAUAAAAACAGAGCAAAUUAAAAAAAGAAUGGUUGAAAACCAGCUGCCUUAAGCUUCGCAGUUAAUAGACAGCUGGAAUUGUCCUCCAUCCGGUAUUCCUUUUGUUUAAGUAGCAGAAUUGUGUAUACUAACCCGGUUUAGUAAUAUCAAAUGAAUAGCUGCAUCGAAUGGUAAGGGCACCAAAAUGAAAAAAUCCUUCUUUUCAAGUCUGUGAUUUAGACAGAGCUUGACAUUUACUGUCAGUUCCGGAUCUUUCUAUCAUGUUUUAUUUGCUAUUAUUUUCCCUGCUUUUAAUCAAACUCAGAUAAAUUAAACAACAUAAAUAAACAUGUCAAGCAGUUUUUCAAAUGUUUCGUUCAAUAACCUAAG